AAUAUAAGGCAGCGAGGGUGCAAGGUGUAUAUAGCAAAAUGUUAAUGAGCUUAGAGGAGAGCCAUUGAGGACAAUUGAAGUCAAAGUUGUGAAGGAGGAGCCGGGCAGCUGGCGUGACGUCAUCAGUAAACACCCACAAAGUCGGCUUGGAUGGCCAUUCUGGCGACCAUUUCCCCUUAAACUCCUACCACACACUGAUGAGUGGCGAGUCACCAAUACUAACCAAGUGAGACGGCAGAGGUGUGUGUAUAUAUAGCCACCAUAGUCGCUAGUGUCGUGUAAGGAGCAAGGAGAGGAGAGGCACCCGCCUCCCACAAUGAAGUCCAUCACUGUCAAGUGGAACGGCAAGGAGUACGACAUCGAGGUGGACGACUCCGUCAUGACCGUCAGGGACUUUAAGGAUGCCAUUGAGAAGCAGACAUGUGUCAGACCUCACAGGCAGAAGUUACUCAAUCUCAAGUUGAAAGGGAAGACUCCUGAUGAUGACACCAAGAUGGGAGCCAUCAGCCUAAGACCUGGAACAAAGAUAAUGAUGAUGGGUUCUCUAGAGGCUAGUGUAGAGGAAGCUCAGCGUAUUCCAGAUGACUUACCCCCAGUCAUAAAUGAUCUGGAUAUUGAGGAAGAAGAAGUGGCUAUUGAAAAUCGUUCAGAAUAUUUACAGAAAGUUGAGAAGCGAGUCAAGGAAUAUGAAGUUAAAAUUUUGAAUGAUAUGCGACCCGGGAAGAAGUUAUUGGUGCUGGAUAUAGACUAUACUUUAUUUGAUCACCGAUCGACGGCAGAGACGGGAGCAGAGCUCAUGAGGCCGUUUCUUCAUGAGUUUCUUACCUCUGCCUACAAAAAUUAUGACAUCGUAAUUUGGUCUGCCACGAGUAUGAAAUGGAUUGAAGAGAAGAUGAAACUGCUGGGAGUGUCGACUCAUCCAGACUAUAAGAUUACCUUUUACCUUGACUCACUGGCCAUGAUCACCAUAGAGACCCAGAAGUAUGGUGUUAUUGAGGCGGGGUCGGUUACCAAGGUGCGCGGCUGCUGCUCCUCCUGCCGCUUCUCCCCUCGCAGCUUCUGUUCACACCACUCCGCAGCCCAGGUAAAACCCUUGGGUGUUAUAUGGGGAAAAUACAAACAUUACACUCAACAAAACACUAUAAUGUUUGAUGAUCUACGCCGCAAUUUCUUGAUGAACCCACAAAAUGGCCUUAAGAUCCGAGCCUUCCGACAGGCUCACCAAAAUCGAGCUACCGAUCGUGAAUUGCUGCGCCUAGCAUCCUACUUGGAGGACAUUGCUCAGAUGUCCGAUAUUUCUACCCUCAACCAUAGUAAAUGGGAACAUUAUCGUAAGGAUGGUUAUAACUGACCCUCGACAGUAAGUGCUAAGGAGCGGUCUGGCUAGCAUUUGCUUGCAAGGAUGACUAUAGGUGCUGCUUUGCCAAAUCUCUGCUAUGGCAACACAGUUGAAUUUUUAUGUAAUUCUUUCAUUGGUAUGUAUAGACAAAGGAUAAAUAAACUGAAAAAGCUUUACCAGUUCUCACUACAGUUUUAAGAGGCGGCUGAAAUUGUUACUGCUCACAACCAUGUCAACACUUUGGCUUAGAUUACUGCAUUGUUUCCAUAGUAUUUUAAUAGCAUGUCAAAUUACAAACUUGUGGACAAUUUACAUAUUUUAAUUUGAAUUAAUAAAUGGUUAAUUUUGACUGAUUCACAUAUUUCUGCAUUUUACUUAAAACUGGACAACAAGACUGUGGAACUGUGCAAUACAAUAUGUAUAAGAAUACAUACCUGAAAAAUAUGUACAUGAUUGGAAUAGAUUCAUGAGAAAAUUGUUUAAUUUGGUCACAUGUAAUAAAACUUUAUUAACAGUAUGUUUGGAUUUUGGUUUUGUAAUACUGUAUUGUGUUAUGUAAAAUGUUUUGAUAUAAGUCAACUCCACAAGUACCUGUACUGUAAAAAAAUAAUAGAUGGAAGCUUUUAAAGUUUGGAAUCCUGUAGAAGUUUUUCUGGCUUUACAAAAAGAGAAAAUUUAAUUCGGUGGAAAGAUUGGAUUGUCCGGGUGUGACAAGUAGACUAAAAGAGUUGGGUGACUCGGGCAACCUCCCACUCGCAUUUCUGCUGUGUAAUAUUGGGAUUACCUGCUAUUGAUAUUAAUCGUGUGAAAGUCAACUAUUUGUUUACAAAUCGUGCACAAUACACACCAACCUAUCUAUGCUUUCUUGUCAAACAUACCCCAGCCCAUCUUUCUUCUCAUACACAUUAUACACCAACCCAUGGUCUCUGUCAUACACAUUAUACACCAACCCAUGCUCUCUGUCAUACACAUUAUACACCAACCCAUGCUCUGUCAUACACAUUAUACACCAGCCCAUGCUCUGUCAUACACAUUAUACACCAACCCAUGCUCUCUGUCAUACACAUUAUAUACCAACCCAUGCUCUCUGUCAUACACAUUAUACACCAGCCCAUGCUCUCUGUCAUACACAUUAUAUACCAACCCAUGCUCUCUGUCAUACACAUUAUACACCAACCCAUGCUCUAUUCUCAUACACAUUAUACACAACCCAUGCUCUUUGUCAUACACAUUAUAUACCAACCCAUACUCUCUGUCAUACACAUUAUAUACCAACCCAUGCUGUCAUACACAUUAUACACCAACCCAUGCUCUAUUCUCAUACACAUUAUAUACCAACCCAUGCUCUCUGUCAUACACAUUAUACACCAACCCAUGCUCUAUUCUCAUACACAUUAUACACCAACCCAUGCUCUCUGUCAUACACAUUAUAUACCAACCCAUGCUCUCUGUCAUACACAUUAUACACCAGCCCAUGCUCUAUUCUCAUACACAUUAUAUACCAACCCAUGCUCUCUGUCAUACACAUUAUAUACCAACCCAUGCUCUCUGUCAUACACUUUAUACACCAACCCAUGCUCUCUUGCGAUACACAUUACACAAAAGCACAUAGAUCUUAGGUUCUGUCCUCUGUUGCCCUCACAGUAAAGCAUAAGAUCCAAGUUACCACUUGACCAUCUGCUGAAUACCAUUCCUAAUCUCCAGCAGCAGUGAUCUCGAUCCCAAAUAUUCAUCACAAUCUCCAGCAGGAUAGUCGCAUGUUUAUUGUCUAACAAGUUGUCUAUUCACAGCGUUGUAUGUUGUAAUUUGUUUAGGUUCAAGGCCAGGUACUGGAACUAGUUUGGUUGGAUGUGUCUUGAUAGUGUGGUCCCCUUUCAUGCCUCGGCAUGUGAGGCCUUCCACCUCGGCAUGUGAGGCCUUCCACCUCGGCAUGUGAGGCCUUCCACCUCGGCAUGUGAGGCCUUCCACCUCGGCAUGUGAGGCCUUCCACCUCGGCAUGUGAGGCCUUUCACCUCGGCAUGUGAGGCCUUCCACCUCGGCAUGUGAGGCCUUCCACCUCUUCACUUCCUUAUUUUCCUUCUCUAACUUGUAGAUUUCCUCUCAUUGUUAUUUAUUCUGUUUUAUUAAAGUGUGCAUUAUGUUACACUGAAAUCUUGUAAUUAUUAUAUAAUUUUUUACAUGAUACAGAGUAGAAUUUGUUGUAUGAUAUGGUUAAUUUUUAUACAUGACAUUUUAUAUAUAAUAUACUUCUUUAUAUUAUUUACCACCCUAUUAUAUUCAGCACUGAAAUUAACAAAUCUUAAUAUAACAUUUCAACAUAAAUACACCUUUGAAAGCAUAAUUGAAGUAUUUUGAAAUGUACUAUAUUUCAGUAUUAUCGAGCAACACAAGCAAACACAAAUACACACACACACACACACACACACACACACACACACACACACACACACACACACAAGCUCUCAUCCUGUAACUACACUUGGGUAAUUACAUACACAAGCACUGGUACACAUUCACACACACACACAAAAUGGGGUUCCACAAACAAAGCUUUAUCUCUGUGAUUACAGUUCAGUAAUCACACAUACUAUAAAAUGAUUUCAUUUAUUUUGAUAAAAUACUGUAGUAUGUAUUACAUAAUGUAUUUUGAUUUUGCCUUAUUGAAAUUAAAAUGUUGGUUUGUCUCAGUGUGGAUUCACUCCAGUAUAAUUAGGAAUUUCUGUACUUUUUUUUAACAAAUCCGUACUGUGAACACUGUUGUAUUGUACAGUAGAUGUAUGUGCUGUACAUGACUAAGAAGCAACUCAUACAUUUAAGCAUGUAUGGAGGCCAGCAUACAUUGCUUGCAGAUAUGGGGCCAGAUACCGGACCAUGCAUGUUAAUAUAUUGUACUCUCAAAGCAUGUUAAACAAAUUAGUGGUUUUCAGAUCUGUUCUAUGACCAAUUAGUCCUAGUAUUUAUUUAGUUUCUUGCUAAUGUAACUGAAAGAAGCAUUUUGUCAUAGUGUUUAUAAAUGUGGGAAUGUGGGUUGGUACAACACUUCCAGAUCAGAAAACAAUGCCUCUACUCCCACAUGGAGAUCAUCGUACUACGGAGUGUAGUCAUUCCGCUACAUGUUUUCAGGGCAUAGUUGGGCAGUUAUAUCAUUUGUGUAAGUGAAGCAACGUUAAAAAUCUUUUUAUAAGGAAUUAUUAAAUAUUAUACACGUACUAUAAUUUGUAUUUAAAUUUGCUGCCUUCUAUAGCUUGUGGUAUGAAGACCAUUUUUAUUAACACUGGGACACCUGUUUUGCAGCAGUAUAUCCACAGUGGCUUAAAAAGCAGCCUAAAAGCAAAAAUUUUCCAUUAACCCAAAUUAAAAUUAAAAUUUCAAUAGCAAUUAGUGUCCUUUUUCCUCAAAAUAAUAUUGUUGCAAGUAAGCAACAAUUAUAAGGCACGUGUUCCCAAGUUGUAUUACCAUUAUAUACACGCAACCUAUAAUAAUUAUUUUGUUUAUUUUA